AUGAAGCCCACUGCUAUUAAUGAGUUUCUGCUUCAAAAAUAUCAUAUUCAACUUCCUUACCAACGGAUCUACAGGGCACGUAGGAUUAUUCAAGAAAUAAAUGAAGGUAGCUAUUCAAAAUUCUAUGCUCGGUUACCUGCAUAUGAUGGGUUGGUUCUGGAGAAAAACCUUGGGAGUAAAUUCAUAAUAGAGUAUGAGAGUAGACAAGAGCAUGAGUUGGAUACAGUUGAUCCUGUGUUUUUGAGAGUGUUCAUUUGUUUCUGUGCAUGUGCAAGAGAUUUCUUGAAGGGGUGCACACCAUUUCUAGGUAUUGAUGGAUGCCACCUCAAGGGCAGGUAUGAUGGAGUACUAUUGUCAGCAAUAUCAGUGGAUGGGAACAAAGGGUUGUUCCCUGUUGCAUAUACUGUAGUAGAGGUGGAGUGCAAAGAAAGUUGGUUGUUUUUCCUAAAUCACUUACAUGAUGUCAUAGACCCAGAGGAUACUAAAAGGUUGUUGAAUUUCAUGUCAGACAAACAAAAGGGUCUAGCAGAUGUUGAAUUUGAAAUCAAUGCCAUCAAAUCCAUGGAUACUACAAUAUAUGAGUGGUUGAUCAAAGAUCCCAAAAAAUUGUGGGCUAGACAUGCUUUUGAUGUUGGACCGAAGAGUGAAUAUAUUACCAACAACAUGACAUACUCAUUCAACCAAUGGAUAUCAGCCAUUAGGACCAAGCCCAUUCUCACCUUAAUUGAUGCCCUGAGAUUGAAACUAAUGGAUAGAAUGUAUCAUAAGUUUCAUAAGGGCCAAAGCUUCUACGGUACAAUUACACCAAUGGUGAGAAAAAAAUUAAUCAAAAUCCAGGAAACAUCAAGGGAUUGUAUUAGUCAUGGUGGAGCUGAUGAUGAAUUUGAGGUCAUAGAGCUUGGUGGAAGAAGGGAGAUGUUCCAUCCUCUAGAUGAUCUAGCUGAUUUGAGAGAAGAUGGUCCUAUAUAUGGUGUGGUUCAGUCUCCAAGGCUGAGGAGGAUUCAAGGUAGACCACAAAAAAGUAGGAGGAAGGAUCCUGAUGAGGCACUUAAUGGAGAAUCCAGUCAGAGAUCAACAAGCCUCAGAUGUAGCAAAUGUAACAUGGUAAGCCAUAAUAAGAGAAAAUGUAAGAGACCUCCAAUGAAGGACAAAAGGGCAUCUUCUAGUCAGACAGUUGGUGUGAAGGUUGCCUUGAAUAGUAUAUACAGUUCCUUGGUUUUCUCAUGCUUACUUGCUGCUGCUAUUGUUGGCAUUGCCUUGAAUAGAACAGUUCUAAUUUUGAAUAGUGAUGUUAAGGACCUUGAAUUAUUGGGACUGAAUCCCGAUUUCACACUUUUGAUCAUGCUUUUGUUUGCCUUGCAUCUGGAGACAGGGACUCUAGGAUGCCAAAAUGUUUGA